AUGUGUAAACGAUCGAUUUUCGUAUUGUGUGUGUGGGCGAGCUUGUUUGUGGCGUGUUUUGGACAACGCGCUGAACAACUUCUCGCACAGAACCCAUGCUCGAGUAAGACGACUUGCAGCGACUGCGCCCGGACGCCCACCUGCGCUUGGUGCUUCGCCCCCGAAUUCAAUGGCCCCCGCUGCUUCAACCCAGCCAUGGAAGGCGGCACCGCUGGCUGUGAUGAGGCCUACAUAUUUAAUCCGGAUAAUCAACAAUCAAUCGACGCUUCUUUUAAUAGAGAAUUGACUAGAGCCAAAGGUCGUAUGGGCGUUGGGAUGGAGUCUUCAUACUACGAAGAAUCUAUGAGUAGCAGUAGUAGUAGCAGCAGCAGUAGUAGCAGUAGCAGCAGUAGCAUCAAGGGCGGAGGUUACAUGGGUGCAGCCGGUGGUGAAAACCUGGUGCAGAUUAAACCACAAAGAGUUAAACUACAGUUACGGAUGAAUCAAAUGCAAAAGAUGUCAUUUUCGUACGCUCAAGCCCAAGACUAUCCAGUUGAUCUCUACUACCUCAUGGAUCUCAGUAGGUCUAUGAAAAACGACAAGGAGAAGCUCAGUACUCUAGGAAGUCUACUGUCUAGUACUAUGAGAAAUAUCACAUCAAACUUUAGAAUUGGUUUUGGUUCCUUUGUGGAUAAACUAGUCAUGCCAUAUGUGUCCACAGUACCAAAAAAUUUGAUAUCUCCAUGUGAUGGGUGUGCUGCCCCCUACGGUUACAAGAAUCAAAUGUCUCUUAGCAACGACACGGACUUUUUCGAUAAAGCCGUAGCCCGUGCUGACGUAUCCGGUAACUUGGACGCACCAGAGGGAGGCUUUGACGCUAUCAUGCAGGCUGUGGUUUGUAAGAGAGAGAUCGGCUGGAGGGAACAUGCUAGAAAACUACUUGUGUUUUCAACUGAUGCUGGGUUCCAUUACGCUGGUGAUGGAAAGUUGGGAGGUAUAGUUCAGCCUAAUGAUGGUGAAUGUCACAUGGAAGAUAAUUCAUACACACACUCAACAAAACAGGAUUAUCCGAGCAUUUCACAGAUCAAUUUGAAGGUUAAAGAACAUGCUAUCAACGUGAUCUUUGCUGUAACAGCUGAGCAGAUUAAUGUGUAUGAGCAGCUCAGCAAACAUAUUGAGGGUUCAAGCUCAGGUAUACUUAGUGACGACUCAGACAAUGUGGUUGACCUUGUUCGAGAGCAAUAUAAUAAAAUUACUUCAGCUGUUGAAAUGAAGGAUACAUCUAGUGACGCUGUACAGAUACUGUAUUACUCAUCAUGUUUGGGAGGCAAGAUGCAGCAGACUAACAAGUGUGAAGGACUUAAGGUUGGAGAUGUAGUGGAAUUCACAGCGGAAAUAACAUUGAAGGAAUGUCCCAAGGAUCGUAAUAAGUGGAAACAGAUGUUCACUAUUUAUCCUGUCGGUGUGUCUGAAAGUUUAACUGUAGAGUUGGAAAUGCUCUGUGACUGUCCCUGUGAACAUCCGGGACACCAUGCGUACAACGACAGUCCAUUAGUAUGCAGCGGGCAGGGUAUCUCUCAGUGUGGAGUGUGCGUGUGUCCUCCGGGCCGCUUCGGUAAGAACUGCGAGUGUUCAGCCCACGGCGGUGUGUCUGUGGAACAGGAGCGAGGAUGCAGGCCGACUAAUGCUAGCUCUGGACCUAUGUGUUCAAACAGAGGCAUGUGCAUCUGCGGUAUAUGCGAGUGUAACAAGAUGGACGACCCGUUGAAGGUAAUAUCUGGUCCGUUCUGCGAGUGCGAUAACUUCACGUGCGACAUGAACAAGGGUCAGCUGUGUUCCGGUCCUGAUCACGGGGAGUGUGUGUGCGGCAAGUGUUCGUGUCACCCGCAGUACAGCGGCCCCGCCUGCCAGUGUCUGAAGGACCAGGCGCCCUGCAUGUCACCAGAAAACAACAAAAUCUGCAGCGGCAAUGGUAAAUGUGUUUGCGGUCAGUGUGUGUGUAAUGUUGAUGAAGAUAGACACUACUAUGGAAAAUACUGUGAGAAUUGUCCGACGUGCCCGGGUCGUUGUGAGGACUUCAAGCAGUGCGUGUUGUGUGAAGUACAUAAGCGCGGGCCCCUGUAUCGAGAGGAGGCGCCGGAGUGCGGGGACUGCGCCCUCUACCCUGAGGUUGUCGAGGGAAAGAUAGAAGCAAACGAAACACUGAAUGAACAUUUGUGUAGUUUCUACGACGACGAAGACUGUUUGUACGUUUACGUGUAUUCAUACAACGAAACGAGACAUCUGCACAUUAGAGCACAGAAAGAACACGAAUGUCCUAAGAAGGUUUAUAUCCUGGGUAUCGUGUUGGGUGUGAUAGCGGCCAUCGUGCUGAUAGGUCUGGCGCUGCUCAUGUUGUGGAAGAUGGUCACCACCAUACAUGACAGAAGAGAGUUCGCCCGCUUUGAGAAGGAACGCAUGAUGGCUAAAUGGGACACUGGUGAAAAUCCAAUUUACAAGCAAGCGACAUCUACAUUCAAGAAUCCGACCUACGCCGGGAAAUAG